AUGCUCUCACGUGUUGCUGCAGUGAAGGCACCCCGCACACACAACCGUCGCGGCGUGACCGGAUCCAGCGGAAGGAGGAGGGAAGGAAGAGAGAGUGAGCCGCAGAGGCCCCACAUGUCCCGGCGUGUGUUUACUUCCGCGGUGCUGCUCGUCCUCCUCUUCGUGAUGAUUUGCUGCGGCAGUGGAGCUGCGGCUGCUGGUGAGGCGUCAUCCCCGGGAUGUUCAAAGCGUAAACGUUUUGUUUGGAGAGAUAAGAAAGAUGGAGAAACAGUGAGCUCGCUCUCUGUUCCCAGUCUUUUGAAAGUGGGGACUGAUGUGUUUGCCGUUGCGGAGGCGCAGUGCAAAAAGGGGGCAGAAGGUGAUUUUACUGGGAUUCCCUCGAAGCUCCUGGAGUUGAAUCAAGAAAGCCUAAAAGAGGAGUUGGAUAAAACUGAAUUGAAGACACAAGUACUGGAGGAAUUUUCUUCCGAUGAGAAAAGCGCCUGCCGUAUAGCGGAUGAGUCUGAUUCCCAAAGCCAGACGACAGUACAUGUGAGCCGACCAACAACAGUCGUGCGGGGAAGUGAUAUUUACAUGCUUGCUGGAAACUACAGUUGGACACGUAAUGCUGAUGAUCGGGCAGGUGGCUGGGGACUCAUGCUGGUGAAAGGGAACGUCAGUAAGGAAGGAGAAAGGAACAAAAGAAUACUUUGGAAUGAUACUUACGCUAUCCCGUGGAGUUAUAAUGGCAAUCAAAAUGAACCCUUGAAAAGGCUGGUUGGCAGCGGUGGAUCGGGCGUUCAGAUGGAGGACGGUACGCUUGUGUUCCCGCUGGAAGGGACGAGGAAUAAGACGAACCAGGGUGAUGGCGCUGCAGAGGAAGAAAAGACUGUCUCGCUGAUCCUACACUCGAAGGAUACUAAAUUUUGGACACUGCCGAAGGGGAUGUCUGCCGAUGGCUGCGGUGAUCCCUCCGUCGUGGAGUGGAAGGACACAAAACUCAUGAUGAUGACUGCGUGUGCUGAUGGCCGCCGCAGGGUGUACGAGUCCGGUGACAAGGGGGAGUCGUGGACGGAGGCACUCGGGACACUCUCGCGCGUGUGGGGCAACAAACACGAGGGAAAUGUGAAGGCUGUUAGAAGCGGGUUCACCACAGCGACGAUUGGGGACAAGGACGUGAUGCUCGUUACUCUGCCGGUGUAUUCCAAGGAGGAAGGCAAUGGAGAAAAAGGCGUACUCCAUCUUUGGCUGACGGACAACACGCACAUUGUUGAUAUUGGGCCGGUAUCCGAUGAUGACGCUGCUGCCAGCUCCCUGUUGUACAAAAGUGCUGGAAGUGGAACUGAUAAGGAGAAGAAGGAGGAGUUGAUUGCACUGUACGAGAAGAAGAAGGGCGGUGAUGAAGGAAAGCCAUCACCCGGUCUGGUCUCUGUGCUUCUGACUGAGCAGCUGCAGCGGGUGAAGAAGGUGCUGGCGACCUGGAAGGAAGUGGACAAGCGUGUCUCCCAGCUGUGCUCGUCAUUGAUUGCUGAGAAGGAUCGCCUAACUGACACUGCCUGCGGCGCUGUUAAGAUCACGGAUGGGCUGGUUGGCUUUUUGUCUGGCAAAUUCUCUGAUGGCACAUGGAUGGACGAGUAUCUCGGGGUGAACGCCACAGUAGCAAAGAACGGUGCAGCAGCGGCCACAGGGCCCUCCGAUGGCGCGAAGUUUACUGGGCGUGGCGCAGGGGCGGAGUGGCCCGUUGGCAGGCAGGGGGAGAAUCAGCUGUACCACUUUGCGAACUAUAAAUUUACUCUUGUGGCGACGGUGUCCAUCCACAACGUGCCGGAGGGUACUAUUCCGUUGAUGGGUGUGCGUGCGGGCAGUAAAGGAGAAAAAAAACUUAUUGAGUUGUCGUACGACAGCGAAAAGAAGUGGCAGGUGCUGUGCGGUGAUGGAGACCCUAAAGAGCUCGGCAGCAUUUUGGGGACAGAGACACCUCAACACGUGGUAAUUUUUCUACGGAACGGCACCCAGAGCUCCGCGUACGUUGAUGGUCAGCGUGUGGGGAAUGCACAAUGUGAAUUGGGAAGUGGUGAGUCGAAUGAGAUCUCCCACUUCUACAUUGGAGGGGAUGGAGGCAGCGCAGAGAUCAAAGGAGACGUGUCUGUGACUGUGACGAACGUCCUGCUGUACAACCGCCCGUGGGAUGACACUGAGAUUGGCGCCUUCAAUCCGAAUAAAGCCAAUAUUCCAGUUGAGGUGGACAGGCCUGUUGAAGGAGAAGCGAUUCAAUCUUCUGGUGGAGGACCGGAGGAACAGGGACAGUUGUUGGGGAGCAGCGGUGCAGGUGUUGUAUCCGCACCAACAGUGUCCAGUGCCACGAUUUCCUCAGUAGGAGAAGAGUCCGUAAUGCAGGUGGCGUCAGAAGAAUCUUUCGAUGGAAGUAAAAAUGUGGGUGGCGCUUCCUCGCCUGGCAGUGACGCAGCGGUGGAGACAGGAGACCGAAGUAUGGUGCAGGGAGAUGGAUCAUCACAGACUCUUGUGGGUACUCCCGCCACAGCAGAUGCAUAUGCCCCUAACGCUGAAGCCACGGGGCACGAUGGAACCGCAGUGAAUCCUGGGGCGAGCGCGAGCUCAGGCGCGGAUGGGGAGGCAGCGGAAGGAACGGAUGGACGCGAGGAGGAGGUCCAUGCACAGAACGGGGACGUAAAGGCUGCGGCCCUCAGCAGCAGUCUCGGGAAUUUGUCGCAGGGGAAUAACAGCGAUGCCGGCACCACGCGUGAGAGCGGACUGUUGCCAUCGCUGCUUCUUCUCCUGUUGGGACUGUGGGGGUUCGCGGCUCUGUGA